CCAGCGGGACGGGGUGCUGUGGCUCUGUGACCGGGGCGAAGGAGGAGGACAUCCCUGUCUUCAAGCGGAGACGGAGGUGCAGCUCCAUAGCAGCCUCGGAGAUGAUGGCUCACAGUCAGAGCAACAGCAAGUCCCACCGCAGGACUUCGCUGCCUUGCAUUCCGCGGGACCAGUCGUCCGGUACCAGUGUGUUGGUGGACAUCGCAGUGAUGGGUGAGGCCCAUGGAUUGAUAUCAGACUUGCUGGCAGACCCCUCGCUGCCCCCUAACACUUGCAGCUCUCUGAAGGCUGUCAGCAGUCUCCUCAGCACCCAGAUUAUCCUCCAGCCACUCCAUCGGCCCCAUGUGCCACCAGUCACACACGCCUGCUCCGACUCAGAGGACGGGACCGAUAAAGUAGAAAGACUGGCCAUUCCAAAGCGUCUUCGGCGAAGCCUUCCCCCAGGGUUGUUGCGGAGAAUCUCAUCCUCGUGGACCACAACCACAUCUGCCACUGGGCUACCUGCCAUAGAGCCCGGACCUGUACGAAGAAACCGCUCAGCUAGCAUCAAAUACACCACAGAAAGUGAAUCAUGGAGAAACUCAGUCAUGACAACCAUCUCAAAAAGCCGCUCCAUGUCUGCCUCGUGUGCCACAUCCGUCACAUUGAACCACUUCUACAGCAAACCACCGGGAAAAUCAGGUUUCAUCAACUCCAACAUAUCACCUUUGAGCUCCCCAUGUCCGUCACCACCUGUUCAGGGUACCCCUGUCUCCAGCCCAACUAUCAAGACAUGUUUAGUUCAGCUUCCUGAGAUUUCUGUGCCGCUGACCGAGCAGACCCCGGCUGGCUGUGUGGUCUCCAAGAGUCAUCACCGAGCUUUAACACACAGCCAGAGCGCCCCAAGCUCCACCACCCCUCACUGGCGACCGCCAUCACUCUGUAGCAGCUGCGGCAGGCCAUUCAACAAUCGACUGAACCACGGGGUAGAAUCUAUGGUCAAGGUAGACCGAAUACCUUGUCCAGAGGAGCGUGCGGUUACCUCAUCGGACUAUGACAGCACGUAUGACAGCACUUAUGAGACCAACCACAGUGACAGCAGCGACUUUCUACAGAAUGAGGAAGAAGCUGAAGCAGGCAAGAAGCCGUCUGAGGCAAGAGAAGGCUGCCGGGAGUAUCCGUCGGAGAGCAUCGUUCUUCAUCCCCUCCUGCCAUCCCCUGAGUUUGUCCUCCAUACACAGAACAAGCUAAUCCUGGCCCCUGAGCCGCUGGUGAUGCCUGGGUUGGAACCUCUCAUGAGUCAGCUCGACAAAUGGAAUUUCCCAAUUUUCAGUCUUGUGGAGCGGACACACGGAAAAACAGGUUGCAUUCUUAGCCAGGUAUCCUACAGGCUUUUCGAAGAUGCAGGUUUGUUUGAGACCUUCAAGAUUCCUGUCGCAGAGUUCAUGAACUACUUUCACGCUUUGGAGAACGGAUAUAGAGAUAUCCCAUAUCACAACAGGAUCCAUGCCACUGACGUGCUGCAUGCGGUUUGGUACCUCACCACUCAACCCGUGCCUAGACUGCCCACGCUCCCGACUGAGAAUGGCAUACACACCGUUUUUUUUUUCUCCCCCCUACCUGUAGACCCAGCAAAUGGCAUAACCCCUGGUGCUACGGCCUUUCUGUCAACCAAGAUACACUCUUUGUUGGAGGAAGGCUAUGGCUCCUUGUCUUGCCUAAUUCCGGGCCUGGAGCUGAUGGCCUUGUACGUAGCUGCUGCCAUGCACGAUUAUGACCAUCCGGGAAGAACCAAUGCCUUUUUAGUAGCAACCAGUGCACCCCAGGCGCUUCUGUACAACGACCGUUCUGUCUUGGAAAACCAUCACGCUGCUUCAGCGUGGAACCUCUUCAUGUCUCGUCCGGAGUACAACUUCCUGGUUAACCUUGAACAUGUUGAGUUCAAACGCUUCCGAUUCCUUGUCAUUGAAGCCAUCUUGGCCACUGACCUAAAAAAACACUUUGACUUCCUUGCAGAGUUCAAUGCCAAGGUGGGUGACGAAGGAAUGUCUGGGAUCGACUGGACAAACGAAAAUGACCGAUUGCUGGUUUGUCAGAUGUGCAUCAAGCUCGCUGAUGUCAACGGACCGCUGAAGUGUAAGGAGCUGCACUUGCAAUGGACUGAAGGGAUCGUCAAUGAAUUCUACGAACAAGGGGAUGAAGAAGCAAGCCUGGGCCUUCCCAUCAGCCCUUUCAUGGACCGCUCAGCGCCACAGCUCGCUAAACUCCAAGAGUCGUUCAUCACUCAUAUAGUGGGCCCCCUCUGCUCCUCGUACGAUUCGGCCGCUCUGAUGCCCGGUGACUGGGUCGACCUGCCGGAGGGGGAGGUGGAGCAAGAAGAAUCAAAUGAGAGUCAAGAUAUGGAGGAGGAACAGGGAGAUUGGGAGAGGCACAAGACAAAGACGGGAAACAGGAGGAAAGUGUUCUGCCAGAUCACACAGCACCUUCUGGAGAACCACGAAAUGUGGAAGCGAGUCAUUGCUGCAGAUGUCCAGGAGGACACCUUGAAAGAAGACCCAAACUGUCUUAGUUCCUCCACUGAGCCAAUUACAGCCAUUGAUGAGGAAGAGGAGGAACAAGCAAGCAAAGAGGAGGAAGAUUUGACCGAAUGUUUCGAUAAAAACGAAGAGGUGCCAGCUAUAGAUGACGGGAACGGGCUGUUGCAAUCGCAGACGUCAGGCGGGGAAGAGGAGGAAUCCCAGUGAUAAUCUGAACAAGUGCGUACUCCCAAACCAGGAAUUUGUUUUACCGUUCUUUGUUUGCUCUCCUAACUCUUAAUAUGGUAGCCAGCACAUCACUUUGACACAACACUGUAGAAGAUGUUUUGGGUAAUUUGUGCCUAACAAAAACAGGGUUUACGACCAGAGAUUUUUGGAGGAGCAAAAGAAGUGAACUCAGUGAAGACAAAGAAGAAGAAGAAAAAAAAAAACUUGAUUUCAUCCGUGGUAUCCAGUCUUUACCUAGCUCGCCCUUUCGUUUACAUCCGCACAACGACACAGAUGGCUGAAUUCCUCCAUCAGUGAGAAGUACGAGGUGUGUCUGAAUUGUUCCAGGGCUCGCGUUAAACAUAAUUCAUUCUGCUGAACAUAUUUAAAACUCAAAGGAAAGUUUUUUCUUCAUCUACGAAGACAUUUCGCUGCUUUUGCUUCAUUCAAUGGGCGAGAAGAUGUGACGUGAGAGUCGAUGCAGGUCAACUGAUUUGGACUAUUUCUUUUGUGACACAAGUCUUUGAAAUAUUCAGACACACCUGCUACAUUGUCACAUUCCUUUGCCAAUUACUCUCGUUGCUCGUAGCCUCCCAUCCGAGCAGUGGCGUGCGAAGCACAGUGGAUGUCCGUGACGAGCGCAUGAAUAUUGGUAUUUGGAUUAUUAGUAUUGACCGGCCAAAAUUAUUUUGCUGCCCACUCACCAUCACGUCGACGAGGAGGGUGAGUGGCAUAUGCCUGUCAGGUGGAUAUCCAGGCCCACGCCUACUCAUCCCCCACCCCCCCCCAACCCAUUGCUCACCACUACAUCUGAAUCUGAGCAGACUUCCUCUCAUAGACAAUGAGAUAAAAGCCAAGGAAAAAGCUGUUUCCACUGAGGCUUGGCAAUGUAGGGAAAACGUACGGCGGGGGGAAAGACAUCACACCUGCAUACUUAGACUGAAGUUUUAUAUGCGCAUAGAGUCCUACAGGACAAACAUGUUUCAUACAGUGGACAAAAUAGGAGGCUGAACAAAGAGCCCUCUAAAAGCUUUACCUCCCAUCAAAGAAAAAAAAAAACAACUUCCAAAACAAUGUUUUACUUGGUGUCAAACAAUAGCGUGUUUCGGUGUAUGUUUCCUCCCACAGCACACUUAACACGUUGAUAGGUCAUGCAUCUCAGGUAGGCAGGGAAAUAAAACCAAGAUGACCUUAUUACGGUACUUUCCAAGGCAACUCAUCCGCUUGAAAUGAUUAUUUAGAUUAUUAUUGAUUUAACGUAUGACCAUGUACAUACACGUGAUUCCCUCUCCCAACGAAACUCAUCACGGAACAAGAUAACCGAUCGUAUAUUCAAAUGAUUUGCAAAACUCUCGUUCUUUUUCUGGUUCCUGUAGACAACACGUUAUUGUAUGAUUUGCUUUUUAAUGUCACCCCUCGGCUUUUCUGCUCAAAUUUUAGCAUGCGGAUGAAAAACGUUUAUGUUUGGUGCCAUAUAUCGAACAGUAUACACGGACAAAAUUGCUGGUACUCAUCCGUUAAAGAAACACCCACAAUGGUCACUGAAAUGCAAGCGACAUAAACAAACGACAAAUCGGAAAGAUGUCCUUUGGACAAAUGAGACAAAACUGAAGCUUUUCAGCAAGUCACAUCAGCUCCAUGUUUUACAAGUGAAAAAAAAAAAAUAUAAUAUUUUUUUUUAUCUGUGGCUGCUUUACUACAUCUGGUACAGGGUGUCUUGAAUCUGUGCAGGGUACAAUUAAAAUGUUAAGACUAUCAAGGCAAUCCUGAGGUGAAAUUUGUGCUGCUCAAUGUCGAAAAGCUUGGACCUGGUCAUAGGUCAGGGUUCCUCUACUUGGCUAAUGACCCCAAAUAUAUGGUUAAAAGGACUUAAGAACAGCUGAGAACAAAACAUUGGAUUAGUCCGAAGCGCCUAAAUCCAAUCUUGUAUUGUAAUCGGAUCCAAAUACUUCAUGACUGGACUUUAGUCGAUUAUUGACGUAUCUGUAUUUUACUUUAUUUGUAAAUGUCUCUCAAGUUUCACUCCACUAUUUCAGAUGAGACUUUUACUCAAGUAAUACUGUACUCUCCAAGCGACUUCUAACAAAGUGACUGUAUAUUCUGUUAGGAUACUUUUAGUCAAGUAUCACCUUUAGGUACUUUAAACGGGACUGUGUAAAUCACAUCUGACCUCUCUGAAAGGAAACGGAAACAUGCAGUCUGGAGAAGACACAACCUGAGACAAAGUGGUUGUCACUUUAAGAAAGAUUUGCGCAGGUCCGACAUCACUCAGGGUCAACAAACCAUUCUGUCAAACUUGAGUCAACUGGAUUUAAUGAUCCCCACCCGAAAAUACGUGGUCCACGUCUUUGAUGACGCUUAUCAUAAGGAAGUCGAUCUAUUGACACUUGUCGGACAAUUAAACGACGUUAAAGAAAAUACGCGAGGCGCGUCUUGUGUCGUAACUAUGAACUUUGCGAGGGUUUUUAGGACGGCGUUUGACCCUUGGAACAAAUCGUUUGUAUUCCAUGAUUUCGUGUGGCAAUCAUUUGAUGACAUCCAAACAAAGAUAGCAUUCGAUUAUUGUGUGAAAUACCCACCGUGAUUUUCCUCACAACCUUGCGGCACAUGCGGCAAAGAGGAUCCCAGUCGAUUUCCAGAAAUGAAAUGAGUUCGCCGUCAUUGUUUAACCACCGUGGAACCAAGGGAGGAAUUACUUCGCACCACAAUUCAAACAGCUUAAUUGCAACCUCUUAAAGGUCAACAAGUACAAGGCUUCGGCUCUGUAAUCACACCAUUGAGCUUAGAAAACGCAAUGCGCCGAGGCGCUCUCACUCUUCCCAUGAACAGUGAUUGCCUUUGCAUUUUUAUUCUUUUCAUCACUAAGAUAUGUCUGCAAUUAUCUGACGACAAACCAUAGCAACUAUCCCGAAAAGCCCGAGAGCGGAGAGUUGACAUUGCAACCAUGAAAGCACACUGCAUCCACCAACUUAAUCACGACUUCAAGCACGUGUGAGCGAAAUGCUCUCUCCGACACAUUUUCAGACAAAAAGGUCAUUGAAGAUUGCUUUUGAAAUGAUACACUUUGCAAAAUAAUAUUGUCAGCAAAUAGAAUUGUCUGACGAUGAAAAAAAAAAAAUUUCAUUGAACGGGCAUGUUUGUAGAAACUGAACUGCUGUCUUGUGACCCAAUUACUUAACUCAAUUAGAGUUUCUCCAAUGUUAAUACCCCUCUAAUUCAUGAGCUGGACCCAUUGCACAGUUCUUAACAUGCCCCUCGUGCGGAAGAGAGCUAAGCCGUGCAACCCAUUGCUCCUGACUGCCAAGGCUUGACAAAAGAUUUUUUUUUUUUAAUUAGCCUUUGAUUUAAACAAAAUAUCUGUCCAAAGAAAGGGCUCAUUGUCCCUUUGUAUGUUUCAAAGGAAACCAACGCGUUUUAUGUACAAGACCUUGACUCAAACAACAACAACAA